UUCUUUAAUUCCAGGCUGCCCUUUUACUACGAGCUGAAGAUGGCCUUUGUGCUCUGGCUGCUCUCUCCUUACACCCGCGGUGCCGGGUUGCUGUACCGCAGCUUUGUGCACCCCACGCUGUCCCGAAAUGAGAAGGAGAUCGAUCUGUGCAUCGUCCGAGUGCGGGAGCAGAGCUAUGAGACCAUGCUGCGCUUCGGCAGGAGGGGGCUGAACAUGGCAGCCACGGCUGCAGUGCAGGCAGCUGCCAAGGUGGGGGCACGGAGCUGCCCCCCCCCCAAUUUAGGGUCCCUCAUGGUUACAUUGGGUGCCCCCCCUCCA